GUGUGCGUGUGUACUGAAGGGACACGUAGGAAGACGAACAAAAUUUAAAAUAGUUUAAAAAACAGUCUAAGUCGAUUCUUUGGUUUAUAGGAAAAUAAUUGUUGCAAGACUAUUUAAAAUUUUAAUGCUUAAAGAUGAGCCGUGUAAUUAAUUUGAAUCACAAUAUGUAUUUAGUUUAUUUGUUAUGGUAUUUUAAUCUUAUGUUGUCAGUAAGCGCUGUUGAAUUGACUUUUGAAUUGCCCGAUAAUGCCAAGCAAUGCUUUUACGAGGAAGUAACAGAAGGGACUUUGUCCACGGUAGAGUUUCAAGUUGUGACAGGUGGUCAAUAUGAUGUAGAUAUGAGUCUAGAAUCACCAAAGAAAGAGAUUUUAUAUAAAGGAAUUAAGAAGCAGUUUGACAGUUUUACCUGGACAGCUGCCCAGACAGGUGUUUACACUGUGUGCUUCAGUAAUGAAUUUUCAACUUUCAGUCAUAAGCUGGUAUACAUGGACUUUCAAGUGGGGGAUGAAAAACCCCUUCCAGGGAUAGAGGAGCAUUUGUCUGCCAUGACAAAGAUGGAAUCUUCAUGCUCCCAUGUUCAUGAGAAUUUAAACACAGUUAUUGAUUACCAAACACAUCAUAGAUUACGGGAAGCUCAAGGUAGAAAGUUUGCAGAGGAUUUGAAUACCAGAGUAAUGUUCUGGUCCAUUGGUGAAACCUUGGCCAUUCUCUGUAUUGCCGUUGGUCAAAUCAUCAUUUUAAAGAAUUUCUUCACUGAAAAAAAGACUUAGUUUUACAGGAAAUUUUAAGUUCAUUUUUAUAUUAAAAUGUGACAUACUGCCACAGUAUUUAUUGCUGGAAUGAGAGUUAGUCUGUGAAGAAGAUUAUGGUACAUCUAUCUGUAUAAGAAUUAUAGUAUGGUCUUGUGUGAUAGUGAAUUUUAUGAAUUGGAGGUUGUAGACUUACUUACAUUUAAGAUUGAUAAAUGUAUGUAAGGUAGUAUAUUUUUUGUUUUUCUCCACUUGCUUUAGAACUCGUUCUUCUAACUGACAUGAAAUUUCUUUUUAAAUAUAUGGCACCCAGAGAGGUGCAUCCCUCCCUUGAUGCCAAUAUUGCACAAUUGGAUUAAAAAAUUAUAAAAAAUAAACUUUUAGUCAUUUUUCCACACAUUUUGCAAAAACAAACACUGCAGUGUUGAAAUUUAUUCAAUAAAAGUUAUUUAUUUAAUUUUAUAAUCAGAAAUUUUUAAAAAAUUACAUAUUUUGAUCUUAAGUUGAUUUCAUUGAGCUUAGAAUGAAAACAUUAGGGUUUGUAAUUUCUUGAAUUUUUUUUAGUGUAAUACAGCACUCAUAGGAAGAAAGUCAAAAUAGUUUUGAACAAAACAGCAGUGAUUUUAACCUUAAUUUCAGUAUGAAUGUAGUUUUAUCCAAUCACUGUUUCUCAAUCUUAUUAUCAUGGUGUGAUGUAAUUGCCUACAUCUCACCUUUGAGAAAUCAUAGGCUAGAGAUCUCAACACAUAGUUAAAGCUCUUUUUUUCUAUUACUUUCAAUCGUAUAAGCUGAUACAGCUUGUAGUGAUGAAAAUGUAGCUUAGUGAUAUGUUGCUAGAAGAAAUGAUGUUUGUGAACAACUUCCAACUCAGUUGCAAUCCUGAUUUUUUUAAAGCUUGUGAAAAUCUUGCUUUAUCAUUUCAUACUUCAGUUGAAUUAUGAUGUUGCAUUAUGACAGGAAAAGAAGUGUUCUUUAAGGAACAAGGUGAGGUAGGCUUAGUUGGCUUAUUUUGCAUUCAACCAUAUCAAAUUUUGUUUGGCCAAAAAGAUUAAUGUUUGUUAGUCUGUGCUUACAUUGGGCCUUAUUGGCUUAGCAUUUGCUUGAAUGAACAAAGAAAAUAAAAAUAAAUGUAUAAAAUGUAUAUAAACAAAUAUAAAAUGGAUUUAAAUUCAAUGACGAGGAACCCACUUUGCAACUAAUAAUGGUUGGAGACG